GAGUCAAGGUGUCUUACGCACUCUUGUCCUCCUCCUGACUCUGUCAUCUGAUUGUCAACCAGUAACGGUACUCUACAAGGAUGUCGAAGCCCGGUGGAUUCAGCAGCCAAUCUUCGACACCAGCCGCCGGUAAAGCGGGCGUGCUCAAAAGCUACCCGACGAUCUCCUCUGCCAAGGCCGACCUAAUGAGCCCUAUGGCAUCCAGUAUGGAUCCAAAGGACCAGUCGGCCAAGACCAAGGAGAAGGACCAGAUGGUCGGGUUGAACGAUAAAUUCGUAGCUUUCAUCGACAAGGUCCAGCACCUGGAGCAGGAGAACAAGAAGCUGGAGACAAGGCUGAGGAUUCUUCUGGAUCAGGAGGGCUACAAGGGCAAAGUCGAGGACAUCGUCAGCCAGCAGCAAGCCGACCUGCAGCGCCAGAUAGACGGGUUGGACCAGGACCGGCACAAGCUGGAGGCAGAACUGCUCAAGAACCAGAAAGAAGUGGAUCACACUCGCCAGAGCUACGAGGAUGAGUACCAGAAGAAGACUGAGCUGGAGAACGAGUUUGUCAUCAACAAGAAGGACGUGGAUGAGGGACACCUGGCUACAGUGAACCUGGCUCUGGAGCUGGAAGACCUGAUGGGAGAGCUGGACUUCCUGAAGCAGGGCUUUGAUGAGGAAAUUAAGGAGCUGCAGUCCCAGAUUCAGAACGAGACAGUCAAAUUGACUCAAGAUAACAGGCGUGCUCUGGACAUGGACGAGAUAGUGGACAACGUCAAGGCCCAGUACAGCGAGAUGACUGCCAGGACCAGAGAGGAGGCCGAGCUAUGGAAUCAGAAGAAGAUGGAUGACAUGGUUCUGAAGGCAGGAAAAUACGACCAGGAGGUGAGGGACAUUAAGAAGGAGAUCGCUGACAUGCUGCGCGUCAUACAGAGACUCAACGCAGACCUGGAUGCCCUCAGGAAGAGAAAAGAAUCUCUGGAGAAGGACAUCGAGGAUGCGGAGGUGGCAGGUUUGAAGGACAUGGGCCAGGCCCGGGAGGACAAGCUCCAGCUGGAGGAGGCACUGCGACGCGCCAAGCAGGACAUGGCCCUGCAGGUCCGGGAGUACCAGGAGCUGAUGAACCUCAAGCUGGCCCUGGACAUCGAGAUCGCCACCUACCGCAAGCUGCUGGAAGGGGAGGAGAAGCGGAUGAACAAUCACAUGCGCCAGUCAGAUUUCUAAAACAUACCAACCAAUCCAGUCCUUGCUUGCACGCAGACCACGAGACACUGGCAAAGCUUCACAACAUCUCCAAGCCCCUCCUAUCUGAACCCGUCACCCAAGCAACCAGCCCCAUCGCCACAGCUAACCACGCCCCCAAGAAGCGUUUGCUGAUCAAAGUCGAGGUGGACGAGGGGCGGGUCAUAUCCGAGAGCUCACACUACGACGACUAGCUCAACCGACUGUCAAUCAAAUUCUGUCCCUGUGGUAACACCGCACUGCAAUAUACCCACUGUGUUUGUGUUUUGUAUUAAUGGUUGAUGUAGCCCAUGAAUUGUCUGGUGAAAACAGUUUAGGAAGUUUAAUUAUUUACCUCAGCGAAUUGAUUGAAGUCUGUGUUGGUGAA